ACAUUCUUGUUCUGCUACAGAAAUCAGUAAUAGUGAUGUGAUGGAUUGUCAAAGCGUGGAGUGGCGUUCGUAACCGUGAAAUUUUUGUACAUAAGUCAGGAAGUUUUGAAGUUAAGUGAAUAACCUGUCUGAUCUAAUGGUGAUUUGUGGUGUUCAAAUGUUAAAACAAAUUAUUAGUGCCUAAUUUAGUGGAAGUUUAGUGUCAUUUCAUAUACAUUAAUAUAGUGCUAAUUUUGUCUUAAAACAAUCUCAAAAUGUUUAGUUGGUUAAAUAAGGACGAUAAAAAUCGUCCUGAACUUUUUGAUAAUGUAGUAGAGGGUUUAAAAAAGAUAUACAGGACUAAGUUAUUGCCAUUAGAAGAGGCUUAUCAGUUUCAUGAUUUUCACUCUCCCAAGCUGGAAGAUCCCGACUUCGAUGCAAAACCUAUGAUAUUACUAGUUGGACAAUAUUCUACAGGAAAAACAACAUUUAUAAAAUACUUACUAGAACGUGAUUUUCCGGGAAUUAGAAUAGGCCCAGAACCAACUACAGACAGGUUCAUAGCUGUGAUGCAUGAUGAAAAAGAAGGUGUCAUUCCAGGAAAUGCCUUAGUUGUAGAUCCCAAAAAACAGUUCAAACCAUUGGCAAAGUUUGGAAAUGCAUUUUUGAAUCGUUUCCAAUGUUCCCUUGUAAAUUCCCCUGUACUUAAAGGAAUUUCAAUUGUUGAUACUCCGGGCAUCCUCUCGGGCGAGAAACAGAGAGUAGACCGUGGUUAUGAUUUCACUGGUGUUCUGGAAUGGUUCGCAGAAAGAGUUGAUAGGAUUAUUUUGCUGUUUGAUGCUCACAAACUGGACAUUUCUGAUGAGUUCAGAAGAUCAAUUGAAGCUCUUAGAGGACAUGAUGAUAAAAUCAGAAUUGUUCUCAACAAAGCAGAUAUGGUUGAUCAUCAGCAGCUUAUGAGAGUUUACGGUGCCUUAAUGUGGUCUUUAGGCAAAGUUCUACAAACGCCAGAAGUAGCAAGAGUUUAUAUUGGAUCAUUUUGGGACCAACCUCUAAGAUAUGAUGUCAAUAGAAGACUGUUUGAAGAUGAGGAACAGGACCUGUUCAAGGAUAUGCAAUCUCUGCCUCGUAAUGCGGCCCUACGCAAGCUUAAUGAUUUGAUCAAGCGAGCUCGACUAGCCAAGGUUCAUGCCUACAUCAUCAGUUCCCUGCGCAAAGAGAUGCCCUCAAUGUUCGGUAAGGAUGGCAAAAAGAAGGAUCUUAUCAAGAACCUCGGUGCCAUCUACGAGCAGAUCCAGAGAGAACAUCAGAUCUCCCCCGGAGACUUUCCUGAACUCAAGAGAAUGCAGGAAGGACUCCAGCACCAGGACUUUACCAAGUUCCAGCUGAUCAAGCCUCGGCUGCUGGAAGUGGUGGACAAAAUGUUGGCUGAAGACAUUGCUCGACUCAUGGCCCAGAUUCCUCAUGAAGAAACAAAUGCUGUCGCAGAGCCUCUCAUAAAAGGUGCUACUUUGAAGAAACACAAAAAAGUGGUUCAAGAUGGUUUGAUUUAUAAAGGUUCUGAGUCGUUGAUACUGUCGAACCUGGAGAACGGUGGUUUGGUCAAAGGAGGUGGAUUUGAGAUUGUACAAGACACUGAAAGUCCGUUCGGCUAUAAGCGAGGGGAAGGCGUGGAUGCUGGACACGGAGACCCAGAAUGGAUAGUCAACAAGGAGCGCUACAAGUAUGAUGCUCUCUUCGACACGUUGGGACCUGUCGAUGGCAAGGUGACUGGUGCAGCUGCCAAGUCGGAGAUGGUGAAGUCAAAGCUACCUAACUCUGUGCUGGGCAAAAUCUGGAAGCUAUCAGAUGUGGAUCAUGACGGGUUCUUAGAUUCUGACGAGUUCGCUCUAGCUAUGCACUUGAUCAAUGUGAAGUUGGACGGUCACGACUUGCCGACAGAGCUGCCCCCUCACCUGGUGCCCCCCAGUAAGCGGUCAGAGCUGUGAACCUGCCUGCGCUUCGUGUGGACUCACUUCGCCUGAUAACAUCACAUCGCUCACUGUAUCAGCAACUUUGCCUCAAUAAAUUAUUUUUUUAACAUUGUCACAGCUGAUUGCAUUUCUUUUAGUCUAGCCGAGGUUCAAGCAGCCGGACCGUUUUGAAGACACAAAAUAUUAUACAUGUACAUAAGUUUAUGCUAUGCUUUUACUUUACUUAUUUAUUGAUGAAAAUGUUUUGUUAAUUAUUUAAUUUAUCUUUAGUGGUACAAAUGUGUGGUCGCCAGUGCAUGUGGCAUCUUGCCUCCUUUACCUAAUUAUUUAUUUUGGUAUUACAUUAUUAUUUUGUGCAGGAACCUGAACGGGUUCCUUCAUUAUAUAUAGUUUUAUGUGUUACUCUUGGAAUUUCUCCAUUUAUUAUCAGUGUUAUGAUUCCAAAGUUUAUUAUGCUCUAGAGAGAUUAUCAUUAUUUUAUUUAUAUUUAAGUGUAAAUAAAUAUAUGAGACUGAA